AUAAGGAAGAUGGCGGCUGCAGCAGUGGUCGAGUUUCAGAGAGCUCAGUCUCUCAUUAGCACGGACCGCGACGCCUCCAUCGACAUUCUGCACUCGAUAGUGAGGCGAGACGUCCAGGAGAACGAUGAAGAAGCUGUCAGGGUCAAGGAGCAGAGCAUCCUGGAGCUGGGAACGCUGCUGGCCAAGACGGGACAGGCGGCAGAACUCGGCGGUCUGCUGAAAUUUGUGCGGCCGUUCCUGAUCUCCAUCAGCAAGGCGAAAGCGGCCCGUCUGGUGCGCUCGCUGCUCGACUUGUUCCUCGACAUGGAGGCGGCCACGGGCCAGGAAGUCGAGCUUUGUCUGGAAUGCAUCGAGUGGGCCAAGGCCGAGAAGAGGACCUUCUUGCGACAAGCUCUCGAGGCUCGACUGAUCUCACUCUAUUUUGACACCAAGCGGUACCAGGAGGCCUUGGCGCUGGGCUCUCAGCUCCUCCUGGAGCUAAAGAAGAUGGACGACAAGGCCCUGCUGGUGGAGGUGCAGCUGCUGGAGAGCAAGACGUACCACGCCCUCAGCAACCUGCCCAAGGCCCGCGCCGCGCUCACCUCGGCCCGCACCACCGCCAACGCCAUCUACUGUCCUCCCAAGCUACAGGCGGCGCUGGACAUGCAGUCAGGGAUCAUCCAUGCGGCCGAGGAGAAGGACUGGAAGACUGCUUACUCUUACUUCUUCGAGGCCUUCGAGGGCUACGACUCCAUCGACAGCCCGCGAGCCAUCACGGCCCUCAAAUACAUGCUCCUUUGCAAGAUUGUCCUCAACUCACCGGAGGAGGUACAAGCUCUGAUCAGCGGGAAACUGGCCCUGCGAUACACCGGACGACAGACAGACGCACUGAAAUGCGUGGCUCAGGCCAGCAAGAACAGGUCGUUAGCGGACUUUGAAAAGGCCCUCACAGAGUACAGAGCGGAGCUGAGGGACGACCCCAUCAUCAACACUCACCUGGCCAAGCUGUACGACAACCUGCUGGAACAGAACCUCAUCAGGGUCAUCGAGCCCUUCUCCAGAGUGCAGAUAGAACACAUAUCAGGUCUUAUCAAACUCUCAAAGGGGGAUGUAGAGCGCAAAUUAUCACAGAUGAUUCUGGAUAAAAAGUUUCACGGAAUCCUGGACCAGGGCGAAGGAGUGCUGAUCAUCUUCGAGGAGCCGCCCGUGGACAAAACGUACGAAGCCGCCUUGGAAACCAUACAGAACAUGAGCAAAGUGGUCGACUCGCUUUACAACAAAGCCAAGAAGCUGACAUAGAGCAGACUUGCGACCGUGCCCUGGAGGAAGCGCGUGCGUGUGUGUGUGUGUGUGUGUCUGUUUGAACAGCGUAUGUAACAUUUGAAGAUGGGGACGAGGGAGAAGACGACUAAAGUCGAGAGAGAUCGCCCCUCCACGCCAACCAUCAGACACACCCCUCCUCCCUCCUCUCAAUGGACAGUAUCACAUUUUGUUUUUUUCCUGCCCCUAUUUUAUUUUGAUAUCUCGUUUAAACUCAGCGGCCGAGCUAGGCCAUCAGGGAAUCUUAUUGUACAACCACAAUAAAAAGAUUAAAAGGAAGAACAGUACAUACCACUUCAACCUCUUCAGCCUUCAAAGUCUGCUCCAAAAAGCAGAAACCACACUUUCCCCCCACCCCACAACCCCCGUUUAUUGUUCAUGUUCUCCGUGGCUUUCAGAAGCACACUGUUGACUUUUGGGAAGGUUGGAAUACUCCAUUUUGCCCCCCCCCGCCCCUCCACCAUCAACCAUAUCAAUGCCAACAGUUUCAGUCCCCACUGUAUUUCAGAAGUGUAUUAAACUCACUAUAUUUGCUUUUGGUUUUGUGUUUUUGUAAAAAAAAAAAAUUAAAACAAUGGUUGCCACAUGCCUGCCCCCCACCCUGAAUGCUCAUGUACGUUUCUAAAAGAGGCGAGACGAAAUUUCACCACGAGUGCCACUUUCCCUGGCCCUUGUCUGCCUCUUGUUGGGGUGCAAUGUAAAAAAAAAAAAUAAUAAUAAUAAUUUUUGCCUCUCAGCAUCCUCGACUCUGCUCCCCUCCAUUGUUAGUUCCUAGCAUUAGCGUGGUAUGCUAGUAACCAAACAAUUUGUAUGUUUAUUUUUUUUUCUCUUAUAAAGACGUUUUCAAAAUAAAUAUUU